AUGACCUCUGACCGCUCUUCUCCCUACAGAGGCUACUACAUCGACUACAGCCGAGACAAAAAGGAGAUGAAGAGAAGAGAGUGGAAGAGACACGAGUUUCACUACGACAACGUCUGCUGGGCCCUCCUCACACUCUUCACUGUCUCAACUGGAGAGGGAUGGCCUCAGAUCCUGCAGCACUCCACCGAUGUGACAGAGGAUAGCAUGGGGCCGAGUCGGGGGAACCGCAUGGAGAUGUCUGUUUUCUACGUGGUUUACUUUGUGGUCUUCCCGUUCUUCUUCGUCAACAUCUUUGUGGCUCUGAUCAUCAUCACCUUCCAGGAGCAGGGGGAUAAGAUGAUUCAGGAGUGCAGUCUGGAGAAGAACGAGAGGGCUUGCAUAGACUUUGCCAUCAGCGCCAAGCCGAUGACCCGCUACAUGCCGCAGAACAGACAAACCUUCCAGUACAGACUGUGGCACUUUGUCGCGUCGCCCUCCUUCGAGUACACCGUGCUCGUCAUGAUCGCGCUCAACACUGUGGUGCUCAUGAUGAAGCACCACUCGGCCCCGACAGCCUACGACAUGGUCCUAAAGCACCUCAACACGGCCUUCACUGUCCUCUUCUCUUUGGAGUGUAUACUCAAGAUCUUGGCAUUUGGUUUGGUGAACUACUUUCGAGAUACUUGGAAUAUUUUCGAUUUCAUCACUGUUCUUGGCAGCAUCAGUGAGAUAAUUGUGGAUUUACAGUCGUUGAACACCAUCAACAUGAGUUUCUUGAAGCUAUUCCGAGCAGCCAGGUUGAUCAAGCUGCUGAGACAGGGUUACACCAUCCGCAUUCUGCUGUGGACCUUCGUACAGUCUUUCAAGGCUCUUCCUUAUGUCUGCCUUCUCAUUGCGAUGCUUUUCUUCAUAUACGCCAUCAUUGGAAUGCAGGUGUUUGGAAACAUCAAGCUGAACGAUGAGAGUCACAUCAAUCAACACAACAAUUUUAAGACCUUUUUCGGUGCGCUGAUGCUGCUUUUCAGGAGUGCCACGGGGGAGUCCUGGCAGGAGAUCAUGCUUUCGUGUCUGUCGGGUCGGGAGUGUGAGCCGGACUCCUCCAUCCCCCCCCUCAUGACGUCUCCGGACCACGAGGGGGGGUGUGGGACGGACUUCGCUUACUGCUACUUCGUCUCAUUCAUCUUCUUCAGCUCAUUUCUGAUGCUGAAUCUGUUUGUGGCUGUGAUCAUGGAUAACUUUGAGUACCUGACGCGAGACUCCUCUAUCCUGGGUCCACAUCACCUCGAUGAGUUUGUUCGCAUCUGGGGGGAGUACGAUCGCCUGGCGUGCGGUCGUAUCCACUACACUGCCAUGUAUGAGACGUUAAUACACAUGUCACCGCCCCUGGGCCUGGGAAAGAAAUGUCCUGCUAAGAUCGCCUACAAGAGGUUGGUGUUGAUGAACAUGCCUGUGGACGAGGACAUGAGCGUCCACUUCACCUCCACCCUGAUGUCGCUCAUCCGCACAGCUUUGGACAUCAAAAUAGCGAGAGGCGGUGAGGACCGCAUCGCUCUGGACAGUGAACUGCAGAAAGAGGUCAGCAUCAUUUGGCCUUAUCUACCGCAGAAGAACCUGGACCUUCUGGUACCGAUCAACAAAGAUACGGACAUGACGGUGGGGAAGAUCUACGCCUCCAUGAUGAUAAUGGACUACUUCAAACUGAACAAAGCCAAGAAGCUCAGGCAGCAACUCGAGGCUCAGAAGAGUAGCCUAAUCUUCAAGCGCCUGGAUGCCUCCACGCUUCCUGAAGACAUUCUGUCCAACACCCAGACGCUGCCGAUAAUGGCCCACAGCGCUGGCUCCGCUCUGACCAGAGGAGGCUUGUUGGCUCUGAGCCCCAUCUCACCUGAGGAGCUGUUUCUGCAGCCCAUCGGCUCUGACACUGAUGUUAACCAACAGCAGGAUCUGACCGAGGUUGCAGGUGGCUCCAUGAAGCGUUCAGUGUCCACUGUUGCCGAUCAGCGGGUGAACGGUCUUUGGGAGGAAGAGCAAAGUCCUGCCAGACUUUAUCGACCUCGACACAAGAGCUACAAAGCUGCUGUUUCUCGGUCAGAGCACUGGCAUCAGGGCGACAGGGAGCGCGGCCGGUCUAAGGAGCGCUGUCACCUCCUGUCGGAUGCGUCUCGUGGAAACUCUGAGGAAAGAAGAUUGCAGGCCUCACGGUCCUCUAGUGGAGAGAGAGCGCACCCCAAAGAUAAACAGGGCAACAGCUCGGACAGUCCGGUGCCCUCCACCUCAGAGUCCAGCACCCCCACCGGCCGACGCCCCGCAGCAAAGAGCUCUCGCCCGCACAUCUCCUACUCCCCGCUGCACUCCUCUGUCGGGAAGGACGGGGAUGAGCAGCGCAGCCCAGUGGCCAAGAGGCGGGGCAAAGCCAAACGGGGCACCCAAGAGAGGGUCCUAGACGACAGGCGAGGCGAAGAAGAACAAGACCCGUCCCCACUUCGCCGCUACCCCUCGGAGCCGUUCCUGGCCUCCCAGGAGGGCGAGCACAGCCCGGACCCCUCCGGCCCCAUGGAGACGUUGACCUUCGAGGCGGCCAUGGCCUGCAGCCUGGGACGCUCAAACACCGUCAGCUCGGGCCAUCCCCGCUUGCGGACCGGCUGGCAGGUCCCCAACGGACACUUUCGAAAGCGUUUGGCACAAACAACCUCUGCUGCAGGCUGCGACCCUCUCAGUGACACGGAGGAGGACGACAGGUGCUAGGGACGGGAGGCUCAGCAUGAGGGAGGAGGGGGAGACUGUACGACAGAGAGAAGGUUAAAGUGACUCUUUUUGCAACAGAGCCUCAAGGCCGUGAACCCAAAACGAAAAGAACAAUACUUCCUGAAACUGUAGUUUCCAAUUCACACAGAACACUGACAAUAGAUAAGAUAUCAUUCCUGACUUGUACUUGAUGAUAGAGAUUAAUAAUACAUCUGAAAAUGAUGCAGAAAAAUAAUGAAUGGAUCAAAUUAAAUCAUUUGUGUUGAUAGGUCUUUUCAUUUCUGAAGAUGUUUCUAAAUGAUUCAGUGUUGCUCUUAAGAGUAUUUAACUGUGGGGUGUGUGAAUAUGUAACUACAUUUUCUUAUAAAUAAUCCUUUUGUAAAUACAUUGUGAUCAUUAAGCCAUUGCCAUUUAUAAGACGAGUUCAAUACAACAAGCCAUGACCAAGAGACGAUCUGAUAUUUUACCAGACAAUGUGGAUACUAAUAAGUAACACUCAAUAAUGCUGGGUUUUUUUACAGUAUGAAUGUGCAUUGGGAGAAAACUGCCUGAUUCCCCUCGUCAUUUAACUUUUUGGUAUUGAAUAAGUUGUGAGAUAUGAAUACAGUUAUAGAAUAAAAUAGAAAAGAUGCUUAUUUGUAAUUUUACCCUGUGUUUAUGUUAAACCAUGCCUCCGACAAAACUCAAACCUUUAAAAUGAACCUUCAAAACUGUUUUUUGGUAUUUUAACAGGUUUACUCCCUUUAAAUGAGACUUUCCCUACAUUUAUGUAUUUAAUACUUUUGGGGUAUCUGGGUAUAUUUAACAUGAACUGAUAUGAAAACAAAAUGAUCAUUCAUCUUUUCUCACCUUUUUCUUCAGUGAAUAUUGUAUGAACCAUUGCAGACGAUGACUGUAGAAACACCGUAGACAGACCAUGCCACAUUUGCUUCACAAAAUAACCUUAUGCUCUUACUUAUUAAUAAUGUACAGAGAAAAUAUGCUGUUUGUAACAUUAAGAGAAGAAACAAUAAACUAUCAGUUGAUGAGCUUUUAAGGUAAAGGAAUCUUUGGAAAUGUUCACUAAGGUUUGUGUUUUUGUUUCAGUUGCCUGACAAAGGCAAACAAUCUGUGAAACUCCUGUAACCAAAAACAUGGGCAAUUGUAUUAUAAGUUCCUGGAAUGCAAAUACUUUGUGGGUGUUUAUGUGUACAAUAGUUGUAUAUACAAAUAAAGGUGUACACUGUUA